AGUGUUUGUGAUUUGUGUCCUAAUCGUGUGUGAUAAUGUAUCUUCUAAUUUUUGUAUAUCGUCCAAAUAUAAAGGACGCUCAACAUUGAAUACAGACGCUGGGAUUUUUUUGGAGGUGUCUCUUUUUCGUUUUGAAAGAGGAAAAUCUCGCGAAAAGAGACAAUGGCGUAGCUAGUUUACUCGAUGCUGCUUUGUAUCCUGCUUUGUUAAAAUAAUUACAGGCAGUGAACCGAUCGAAACGUGAAAAAAAAUUUAGUGAAAGUGUAAAAUUCAUGUUUAUUUUCCAAUAAAGUGAUAAGCAUUAAAAAUUUAGAUUCACUUGUUCUUCCUAUUUAUUAUUGUGUGUACAGUGUUUUUUGCUUUACUCGACGAAUUUUUCAGGAAGUCUAGAGGAAUUAUUAUUACAAUGUACAGUGAUAUGUGUGGAUACGUUCUCUUACUGCUGCUGAUUCCCUACAUCGAAUGUGCUAAUCGACUAAACGAAUACAUUCGACACUUUGAAGUCCUUAAUUAUCCUACACACGAGCUACACCGAAGUCAUUUAAGAGCCAAAAGAUCAGUGACUCGUGACAAUACAGUAUCGUUAAAAUUUAGUGCCCAUGGAAAAAACUUUCAUCUUCGACUCAAACGCGAUCUAAGUACAUUCAGUGAUAAUUUAUUGAUAGAGGGUCCUUCUGGACAGCAAGAGGGUCUUGACACAUCCCAUAUCUACGAAGGUCAUCUUGCAGGUGAACCGGGUAGUCGCAUUUUUGGAAGUAUAAUUGAUGGUGUCUUUCAAGGAAAAAUUGAAUCGCCACGACAUGGGGCAUGGUUUAUAGAAAAAGCUCACUAUUACUUUCCUCAUCAUGAAGUUAAUGAGACAUUGCACUCGGUGAUAUAUCAUGAGAACGAUGUUGGUGAUCCAUACGCUGACAUUAGAACAGGUUCUGGAGGCUGUGGAAUUACUGAAGAUGUGAUACAGUGGAUGAAUAACAUUCAGAAUUCCGGCGAACCUGAUCCUCCACCACCACCACCAAAAACAAAACAAGACAAAAUUCCAAAGGUAAAACCUUGGAGUGGAGAUGGCGAAACUCCAAGUCAUAAGUACAGUAAGGAAGCCAAUGAUCAUCUUAGUCAAAGAUCGAAAAGAGCUACAAAACCAAAGGAGGAAAAUAAAAAUACAACAUGCUCACUUUUUAUUCAAACGGAUCCCUUAAUAUGGAGACAUAUAACCGAGCAGCUCCAUCAAGAUCCAGAAAAGACUAAAGAAGAAAUUUUAUCAUUAAUCGCACACCAUGUCACUGCCGUUAAUUAUAUUUAUAGAGACACAAGAUUUGAUGGGAGGGAAGAACAUAGAAAUAUUAAAUUUGAAGUUCAGAGAAUAAAGAUUGAUGACGACUCGUCAUGCAUUCCAACACAUACUGCAUCUCGCACAACAUCUCGUUCGACUUCUCGUUUAACGUCACGUACAACGCCUCCAAAUAAUUCCGAACAGAAUCAAUUUUGUAUGGAAAAUAUUGAUGUUAGCAAUUUUUUGAAUCUUCACUCGUUAGGAAAUCAUGAGGAUUUUUGUUUGGCUUAUGUGUUCACUUACAGAGAUUUUACUGGUGGUACUCUUGGUCUUGCGUGGGUAGCAUCAGCAUCUGGAGCUUCCGGUGGAAUCUGUGAAAGAUACAAAACCUACACAGAAACAGUUGGCGGAUCAUAUCAAUCCACUAAAAGAUCCCUCAACACCGGGAUAAUUACUUUCGUUAAUUACAACAGUCGAGUGCCUCCUAAAGUUUCGCAGCUGACUUUAGCCCACGAGAUUGGACACAAUUUUGGUUCACCGCAUGAUUUUCCACCUGAAUGCAGACCAGGCGGACUUCAUGGAAAUUAUAUAAUGUUCGCCUCAGCAACGAGUGGCGAUCGCCCAAAUAAUAGUAAAUUUUCAAAGUGCAGUAUUGGAAAUAUCAGCAAUGUGUUGGAUGCAAUUGAUGACAAAAAGAAAAAGAAUUGCUUUUCAGCUUCCGCUGGAGCAUUUUGUGGUAACAAAAUUGUCGAGGCAGGCGAGGAAUGUGAUUGUGGCUACGAUGAUGGCGAGUGCAAAGAAAAGUGUUGUUAUCCACGAGUAUUGUCUGACAUUGAUAAACUAAACAGUGAUGCCAAAAGUUGCAAGAGAAGAGAAAAGACUCAGUGCAGUCCCAGCCAAGGUCCUUGCUGCUCAAGCGAAACAUGCCAAUUCGUUCCACUCUCUCAUAGAGUUCAAUGUAAAGUGGAAUCGGACUGCAGCUACAAUUCUACCUGUAAUGGAAGAUCGCCUGAAUGUCCUGUUCCAUUGCCUAAAGCCAAUAAAACAAGAUGUAACGAAGGAACUCAGUUGUGUAUUAAUGGAGAGUGCACUGGAUCGAUUUGUCUAGAAUGGAAUAUGACAGAAUGCUUUUUGACUAGUAAUAUUAUUCCUAAUAUUGACAAAAGGAAAUUGUGCGAGUUGGCAUGUCAAAAUGGAACCGAUACGACAACUUGUCGUAGUACUAGUGAAUUCGCUAAUAUUGUUGGACUACCUGAAGGUGGAAUUAGUUUGAGGCCUGGUUCACCGUGUGACAAUUUUCAAGGUUAUUGUGACGUAUUUUUAAAGUGUAGAGCAGUUGAUGCUGAAGGUCCUCUCGCUAAAUUAAAGAAUCUACUUUUUAAUAAAGAUACUUUAUCGACUGUUGCACAAUGGGCCACGGAAUAUUGGUGGGCUGUUGUGUUGAUGGGAAUAGCCUUUAUUAUUUUCAUGGGUUUCUUCAUAAAAUGCUGUGCUGUUCAUACUCCUUCAAAUAAUCCGAAGAAACCACCGGCCAGACGAAUUAGUGAUACUCUAAGAAGGCCUAUGAACACUUUAAGACGCAUGCGACACCCUCAUGGCGGAGGUGCAGGUCCAAGAAGUGUUCCACCAAGACAAGGAGGGCAGGGAACUCGAGGGCCUUCUCAUGGCUAUGGUGAGAGAAGAGGUGCUCAACACUAUCCAAAAGGAUAUCACUCGGUUCCCACAGCUAGUGCGUCACCAAGUAGCGGUCCAGCAGCCAACCACAGUCGUUCCAACCACCCCGAACUGUACGCCGGCGCCUAUUCGAGCUCCGGGGGAGGCGGGAGGUCCUCAGCCUAUGAGAUGAGACAUCACAACAAGGUCUGAUGAAUAUAGACUGCUACUGUAAAAAAAAAUUAAACAAUUUGAUAAUCAGCGUUGUCUAGACUUUCAACAACUAUAUAGUGACAUAAUUUGGCUCAGCAAAUUUUCCAGAAGCGACAAAACGUUGAUCACCAACGAUCAAUUUCUGUAUAAAUACUUGGGUUAACUUUCUGCAAUGAUCUUUUCUGUAAGUGUUGAUUCGUUCGCAGAGAUUACUUACUCUCUUCAAACGAUUUUCCGAAGAAAUUAAUAAUACUCGAUGAUCAAAAUUCGAACAAAGAAGUAAUAAGAUUCAUUUUAAAAUGAUUCAAAAAUCGCCAAGUGCUUUUUUUAUUUGAUUUUUUUUUCUUUUUGAAAAUAUUUGUUUUGUUUUCUUCUUUUGAAAGCAUUUCACUGAAAAAAGAAUAUUUAAUUGUGUCUGCUAAUAAUGAAAAUGUAACAGAAAACAACAAUAUUGUAUAUUAAUCGAUUUAUUUUUGAUACUAUUUUUGAUCAGAAAUUUCGGUUUGAUUUAAUUUUCAACUCACUUUUGUUUAAAUGUGUGACAUUGGAGUUUAUGAAUUUCUUUUCCUUUUUAUAAUUUAUUUAAAGUUGUAGAACAAGAAGCAUGAAGCUGAAUUAAUUAAGUGGGUGCUGAUAUCAGCACCCACUUAAUUAAACUAGGUCCGUAUAUCCCGUAAAGGUCCAUAAAGUCCGUAAUUUGAUAGAAAAAGGACGAAAGUUCGUAAAUUGAACAAAAUAAUUUGGAGAAUUUUA